UAAAACGGGAAUGAGUUGAGGAUGGAAGGAGGUAGAACGAAGGAAGUUCCAAUGUUUCUGAAACAUUUUAAAGGUUUCAGAUAAUCCGUCGCCGUGGCGCUGUGCAGAUGUCUAAGACGGAGGGGAAAAAACGAGAGAGAGAAAAAGAGAAAAAAGAUGGGGAAAAAGAACAGCAAAAUGCUGAUACCUUUAGAUGUGCUGGUGGAGCUUCAAGAACGAACCUAUUUUAACGAAACGGAAUUAGAAAGUUGGUAUGCCACAUUUAAGAAGGACUGUCCUGGGGGCAAGCUCACAGAGGAGGGUUUCAGAAAAAUCUACCAGCAGUUUUUCCCAUAUGGAGAUUGCACCAACUUUUCUGCUUUCGUUUUCAAGGUCUUUGAUGAAAACAAUGACAAUCAAAUCGACUUCAAGGAGUUCAUCUGUGCGCUGUCUGUCACAUCCAGAGGCAGUCUAGAUGAAAAACUGGAAUGGGCUUUCAAACUGUAUGACCUGGAUGGGGACGGCUUCAUCACGAGGUCGGAAAUGUUGGCUAUAGUAGAUUCCAUAUACAGUAUGGUGGGUAGUCAGGCCAAGCUCCCUGAGGAAGAAAACACUCCAGAGAAAAGAGUAAACAGAAUAUUCAGUGCCAUGGACAAGAACAGAGACAAUUUAUUAACAAUGGAAGAAUUUCUGGAAGGGUGCAAAAAUGAUCCCACAAUUGUCCAAGCACUGACCCUCUAUGAUGGCCUCGUAUGACACAGUGAAAAGACGUCUGGGACUGCCUGUACCUACAGCACUGUUAAGGCGCAAAAUGUCAUACAUGUAGAUCAGACAUGAUUUUGGGUUGUAAGAAAAAACUAGGAAGAAAUGGUUCAUCAGCCUUUUGACCAGUGAUCAGAAGCUCAAGUCAGAAAACCAUCAAGAAAAAAUUGGAUUUCCCAUUUAGAUCCGUAAAAAAAUCAAGUCUGGUUGAUGGAUAUCUCUUUGUCAAUGGGAUCAGUGAAAUAAAACUCCUACGCUGAUAUCUCUUGAUGUGGUAAAAAACAUGGAUGUGCACAACAUGGGGCUUCAUCACUUCAUCUGAAAAGACUUCAGUCAAAUUCAUUAGUAUGAGGCUACUAUCAGUCAAGGAUUCAGACCCCAUGCUGGUCACCUUUACUUUUCAAGUAUGCUGUAAACAUGCAAAUGUGGAGUAUUGAAAAUUAAGAAGCUGGCACACAUCAGGGCUUAUGCCUUGGAUCAAACAACAUCAAGGUACAUGUUCACAAGUUAAGAAAACUGGAACAUUUUUUCUAAGCAGAACAUCAGACAAAGGAAGCUGAAGGAAAUCAUGUCUUAUUAUGAGUUGCUACUCCAACAUUUAGACAUGUGCUAAAUGCCCUAGCUAAACAAUAACUGCAAUGUUGCUUAAAUCAUCAUAAAUACUUGCCAUAUCCAUUUUCAUUUCAGUGAAUGCAUGCACAGAUCAUAGCCUUCGAUCAUAAAUUUUGUCGUGAAUACCAUUGCAACUGCUUUUACUUCAUUAUUUUGAUGUAUAAAAACAUCAGGUUGAUAAUAAUUAUUGUAAUUAUGGCUGCAGUCAUUUAUAUCACAAUUCAUCACUUAAUUCACUUUAUCACAAUUAACGGUUUUAUAGAAUCUCAUCUUUUAAAAUUAGCUUGUUUUAUGCUUCUAUUGGUGUAAAUAAUUAUCCACAUUUUUAGUUUGUAAAUGCUUUACAUUAACCACUGUAAAGAAACAAAUAUUCCAUUCUUGAAUUUUGGUUCACUUCUGUGCAUAAUUUAAGAAAGGUGCAAACAGACAUGCCAAAAUAAGUUCUGGUAAUGCGGGAGCAUAUGCUGUGAUGAAUCAUAAAAGCAGUGGUCAAGUUUUAAACUAGAAAUUUUUAGGUUAAUAAGUACUUCUAUUAAGAAAAUCUUAUAUUAUGAUUGAAAUUGUACAGAAUGUUUAAGGUGCAGAUAA